GAACCGGUUCUGUCUGGAAGCUGGUGUGACCCUGGCAGACGCGCUAUAGGGCACCGGCCGGGGUCAGUUGGAGACGUCCACUGACAUCUGGGGGCCUUCUUGGCCCAUCAGGGGACCUUCUUGGUCCAUCGGGGGGCCUUUUUGGCCCAUCAGGAUUCUUUUCUGUGGGCUGCUUACGCCCAACGCGCCUGCGAACUAAAUACUUUCCUUUUCUCUAUGAACUUCCAGAGUGCUAAAAAAAUAUCUCUAGGCGUCUAAAAGAAAAACCAUCUAGGCAUUUCAAUUGUUACCCGUAUUCUGAUGUGAUGUGUGUCUGUGUGUCUGUCUGUUGAAUUGACUGGAAUGAUUGUUGAGAGUCAGGGGCACGCGCCUGAUUUACCCUAUGUGUAGUCCCACGGCGUAAGCUACGGGAUUCGAGUGGGCUCUAACCUGAUUUCCGCGGUGAUCCUCAUAUGGCUUAAGGCAGUCAAAAUCUUUUGAUCCAAGCGGGGGGUUUAUACCUGCCCAACUAUGCUAAGAGGCACCUAAGCUCCCUCGAGGGACGCGGACGGACGAGUACUCGAGUGCUUCUGUGUCAGUCUAAAUGUAUUGUCACCCCUGGGCCUUUGUAAUAAUAACCAUCCUAGCCGUAACCCUUUCUACCGGGUUGGCCGAAACAGCACCAGAAAGUUGGAACCGCUGCGAAAGAUUCUUGUUAGUUCUUGUUUUUCUUUCAUGGGUCGGAUGCUUUAUUGGAAUUGUUUUCUCGGCUGAUCAGAAUUAAUUAUUCCAUCCUUUGUUCGUCUCUGCUCCUUCCUCAGCUCCCUGCGGCUUUCCCUCCCGCCCCUCCGCCCGGGGCCCAGCCAGGCCGCUGGGGGUCUCACCCUCGGAGGUCGCCUGCGCGAACUCCUCCACCGCUAAUUUCAGCCGCUUCAGGGCCCCCUCCGUGCCGCCCCCUGGCCAGCGGCGCCCCCCACCCCACCGCGUCCGUGCUGCCUGCGCCCCCUUCUCUUCUCCUCUUCCUCAGAAUCAUAACAUGGGCCAAACGCAGAGCACCCCUCUCUCCCUCCUCCUCACCAAUUUCAAAGAUGUAAGAGCUAGAGGACACAGCUUAAGCCUAGACAAUCGCAAAAGGAAGUUGAUCGCCUAUUGCCGCUCUGAAUGGCCCACCUUUGGGGUCAAUUGGCCUACAGAGGGAACCUUCUGCCUCCCUGUGGUCCUUAAAGUAAAAUCAAAAAUUUUCCUACCAGGGAAAGAAGGUCACUCGGAUCAGAUUCCCUGUAUUCUGGUGUGGCAAGAUUUAGUAGAAAACCCACCUCCCUGGAUGGCCUCUUUCUUAACAACAGGGCCAUGCAAAAUUCUAGCGGCUAAACCUACCAACCCUCCCAAGCCACAAACUCCGAAUGCACCCCCUGUUCUCCCCGACAGCCAAGAUUCACUUUCCCUUGACCCUCUCCCUUACCAGAUUCCCCCCCUUAUUCCUCAAGCUGCCCCCAUCCCUGCUCCCGACCCCAUUCCCCCUGCGCCGGCAGAGCCUCCCGUAGCCCAGCCAAUGGAAGAACUAGAAAAUAGGGAGGCUCAACCCGCGCCCAUGCCUAGUGGGGGCGAAAUCCAAAGGCUGGCUGGACGUACCCGUAGGCGGGCCCCACAUGAGCCAGGACUCCGCCUUCCUGACUCCACCGUAGCUCUACCCUUACGGGAAAUAGGGCCUCCCGAUGAUACGGGGAACCCCCGGCUUCAAUACUGGCCCUUCUCCACCAGUGACCUAUAUAACUGGAAAACCCAGAAUGUCCGAUUUUCUGAUAACCCUAAAGAUUUAAUAGCUCUCCUGGACAGCGUUAUGUUCACCCACCAACCCACCUGGGAUGAUUGUCAGCAACUCCUCCGAAUCCUGUUCACCACCGAGGAGCCAGAAAGAAUUCAAUUGGAAGCAAGAAAGCUGGUUCCUGGAGAUGACGGCCAACCCACUGCUAACCUUGAUCUCAUUAAUAGAGCUUUUCCCUUGACCCGACCCCCACAGGAUGGCUGGGACUACAACACGGCAGAAGGUAGGGGACGGCUACGCAUUUAUCGCCAGACUCUAAUGGCGGGUCUCCGGGCUGCUGCACGCAAGCCCACUACAGUAAUACAAGGUAAGACAGAGAGCCCUGCCGCUUAUUUAGAAAGAUUAAUGGAAACCUUCAGACAGUAUACCCCCAUGAACCCCGAGGCCCCCGAAAAUCAAGCUGCUGUUGUAAUGGCCUUUGUAAAUCAGGCAGCCACUGAUAUUAAAAAGAAACUCCAGAAACUAGAGGACCUGGAGAGAAAACAGAUUCAGGACUUACUCCGCAUUGCCCAGCGUGUCUAUAAUAAUAGAGAGACUCCAGAGGACAGCAACUUAAAGCUACCGAAAAAAAUGACCAAAGUCCUGGCCGCCGUCGUCCAAAAGCCCCUGGAUAAAGACCAAUGUGCCUAUUGCAAAGAAAAAGGCCAUUGGGCCCAAGAAUGCCCUAAAAAGAAAAAGCCACAUCAUAAUAAAAAACCGUGGCAGCCAAAAACCACACCCACCCUCUUCACUCAAGAUGCGGAAUAGGGGGGAUGGGGUUCGGAUCCCCUCCCCGAACCUAGGGUAACGCUACAAGUGGAGGGGAACCCAGUUCAAUUCCUAAUCGACACAGGGGCACAACAUUCGGUCUUGAUCAGACCCCAUGGAAAAAUUUCUGAAAAAUCUUCCUGGGUCCAAGGGGCUACCGGAAUAAAAAAAUAUCCCUGGACCACCCAGAGGACUGUGGACCUAGGAAAUGGAAAGGUCACCCAUUCCUUCCUAGUCAUCCCCGACAGCCCCUGCCCCUUAUUAGGAAGAAACUUGCUCACUAAAAUGGGGGCCCAGAUUCAUUUUACGCCAGGGGGCCCCCAAGUGACUGGCCCUCACAACCAACCCAUGACCAUACUUACUCUAAGAUUAGAAGAUGAAUAUCGACUCCAUCAGGAGCCACCCUCACAAAGUCAAAACAUAGAGCCCUGGCUCCAGCAGUUUCCAGAAGCAUGGGCUGAAACCGGGGGUAUGGGGUUGGCUAAACAUCACCCGGCUCUAUUCAUAGAGCUGAAACUGGGGGCAGAUCCAGUUCGGGUCCGACAAUACCCGAUGUCAAUGGAGGCCAGAAAUGGCAUCACGCCACAUGUCCGUCGUCUCCUAGAUUUAGGCAUCUUGCGUCCCUGCCAUUCAGCCUGGAACACCCCCCUGCUGCCUGUACGAAAACCUAACAGUGCGGACUACCAUCCAGUACAAGAUCUGAGAGAAGUUAACCGCCGAGUCAUGGACAUACACCCAACAGUACCCAACCCCUAUACCCUCCUAAGUGCCCUCAGCCCAGAAAGACAAUGGUAUACUGUCCUUGAUUUGAAAGAUGCUUUUUUCAGCUUGCCUCUGGCCCCCAAAAGCCAAGAGCUCUUCGCCUUCGAGUGGUCCGACACUGAGAGGGGCAUAAAUGGGCAACUCACCUGGACCCAGGUCCCCCAAGGAUUUAAAAACUCACCCACCUUGUUCGAUGAGGCACUUCACGAGGAUCUGGGUGAGUACCGGAAUCAAAACCCCGAAGUGACUCUCUUGCAGUACGUCGAUGAUCUUUUAAUCGCCGCUGAAACUGCCGAAGCUUGCUUGCAAGGCACCAGGAACCUCCUCCGGACACUUGGUGCCCUGGGGUACCGGGCUUCAGCAAAGAAAGCCCAAAUUUGCAGAUCCGAGGUAACCUACUUGGGGUAUCUGUUAAGAGAAGGCCAUCGAUGGCUCACUGAUGCAUGGAAGGAAACCGUCCUCUGCAUCCCCGGAUCCACAACGCGAAAGCAGGUAAGAGAAUUCCAGGGAUCGGCCAGGUUCUGCCGUUUGUGGAUACCUCGGUUCACCGAGAUGGCUAAGCCUCUUUACCUGGUCACCCGAGAACAGGCGCCCUUUGAGUGGACAGAGAAAACUGAGCAGGCUUUCCAGCAAAUUAAACUCGCCCUGUUAUCGGCGCCAGCCUUAGGGCUCCCCGAUGUCUCCAAACCCUUUCAUCUCUUCGUAGAUGAAAAUAAGGGGGUAGCCAAAGCAGUGCUGAUGCAACUCCUUGGUCCAUGGCCCAGGCCCAUUGCCUAUCUUUCAAAAAGACUAGACCCAGUAGCGGCUGGCUGGCCCCCUUGCCUCCAUAUGAUCGCUGCUACAGCUCUAAUGGUAAAGGAUGCUGAUAAGUUAACUAUGGGACAAGAGUUACAUGUUACAACCCCUCAUGCCAUUGAGGGAGUCCUCAAACAACCUCCUGACUGAUGGAUAAGUAACGCCCGACUGGUUCACUACCAGGGACUAUUAUUAAAUCCCCUCAGAAUCAUUUAUGCUCCCCCCCGAACACUAAACCCUGCCCCCCUGUUACCAGACCCGGACUUAGAUACCCCCCUCCAUGACUGCACUGAGAUAUUGGCACAGGUUCAUGGAGUUCGGGAAGAUUUACAGGAUCACCCUCUACCAGACUCCGAGGUUACCUGGUUCACUGACGGCAGCAGCUUUGUACAUCAGGGUCAAAGGUACGCGGGGGCAGCAGUCACAACUGAAACUGAGACUGUUUGGGCAGAGCCUUUGCCAGCUGGCACCUCUGUCCAACGGGCUGAACUUGUGGCCUUAACCAAGGCACUGACUUUGGGAAAAGACAGGAGACUAAACGUGUAUACCGAUAGCAGAUAUGCUUUUGCUACGGCCCACAUACAUGGAGCUAUAUACAGAGAGAGAGGACUGUUAACUGCAGAGGGGAAAACUAUCAAAAACAAAGAAGAAAUAUUGGCUCUUUUAAAGGCACUCUGGCUGCCUAAACGACUAGCCAUCAUACAUUGCCCAGGCCACCAAAAACCGAUCACACCGGUGGCCAGAGGAAAUAAUUUGGCUGACCAGGUGGCCCGAGAGGCGGCCUUACAGGUGGACUGUGCUUUAAUGACCACCCUACCAGACCCCGGUUCAGCUAGUUUACCAGAAAAUCCUGCCUACACUAAAGAAGACCUAAACUGGAUCCAAAAAUUACCUUUAACUCAGUGCCUUAACGGAUGGUGGAGGGCAGCAGACUGUAGCAUGAUUCUCCCAGAAGAAAUGGGAAAUAAAGUCUUAUCCAAGAUGCACUGAGCCACUCAUAUGGGCACAAGAAAAAUGCAAGACUUAAUAAGGCAUGCUGGAAUCACCAUUAAAGACUCCAGGACAAAAAUUGAGCAGAUAGUUACUAGCUGUAAAGCUUGCCAACUAACUAACGCCACCAACCACGGGAAAAACCCUGGCUCCAGAACCCGUGGAACCAGGCCGGGAGCCUAUUGGGAAGUAGACUUCACCGAGGUAAAGCCUGGAAAAUAUGGAUAUAAAUAUUUGUUAGUGUUUUUAGAUACCUUUUCAGGAUGGACAGAGGCCUUCCCCACCAAGCAUGAGACUGCGCAGGUAGUAGCAAAGAAAAUGUUGGAAGACAUCAUGCCCAGGGAACUCCAGCACACCCACCAGGAAGUUUGGCCCAGAUUGAGAGCCAUUUAUGAGAACGGGCCCCCUCCUGAGCCGCAUCACUACCGACCCGGAGAUUGGGUAUACGUGCGCGGAGACACAAGCAAGAGACCCUCCAACCACGGUGGAAGGGACCCUACAUUGUGAUCCUAACCACACCCACUGCUCUCAAAGUCGACGGGAUUGCUACCUGGAUCCAUUACACCCACGCCCGACCAGCUGAUCCCUUUGCGGUUCGAGAAGACUUCGUGCUGGAAGCCAACACCGCCUGGACGGUUGACCAGAGUAAGACCCAUCCUUUAAAAUUGACUCUGCGUCGAAAACCUGACCCCGAAAACCGGCUGAGACCAAAGGCCUGGGUGUCCCAUAUCAAGACUGUUGCAACAGCUCCGGACCCACAAUGAUCGAAGGAACACUCAUUAGCGUGCUCCUGCUCACCUCCUACGGACUGAUAAGUAUUGCAAGCAACCCCCAUAUACCCUAUACUUUAACUUGGGAGGUUUCUAAUUUGGAAACCCAGGAAGUCUAUAAUACUACCACAGCAGACGAUACUCCCCUAAAUGCCUGGUGGCCUGAUCUAUAUUUUAACCUGGAGGACGUAGCCGUAACCAUGGGGGUACUUCCCCCCAACGGAAGCCGCCAGCGUCCUAAUCCGUCAUGGACCGGAACCCCAGAAAAUGAAAAAAAGCGCAUAAGAUCUGGUGGGUUUUAUGCAUGUCCCGGGUUCAGAACAGGAGCAAUGAAAAAAACCUGUGGAGGAAUCGAAUCCUUCUACUGUAAGGCUUGGAGUUGUGUUACUACCAAUGAUGGAAGCUGGAAAUGGGAGGUAAAACCCCAUUAUAUUGACAUGAAAUUUGCCAGCCCCUGUCCCAAGCAAACCCGUGCCUGUAACCUUAUUCGUAUCAAAUUCCUAGAGGACGGAAAAAAGGAGACAAGAUGGAUUACGGGACUAAAUUGGGGAAUUUACCUGUAUCGGGGACCGCCUUACUUUGCAACUGUUAUUCAGAUAAGAUUAAAAAUAAAACCCAAAGCUUCACCAACACUAAUAGGGCCAAACCAGUCAGUAUGGUCCACAAGUAAGCCUAAUACUACCCCGUGGUCCACAAAUAAGGGUGGUUUGAAUCCUGGUUCAACGCGUCCCCUUGGUUAACUACCCUGCUCUCCGCUUUACUCGGGCCUCUGGCCAUUCUACUUCUCGCUCUCACAUUAGGCCCCUGCAUCAUAAACAAAAUUAUUAAUUUUGUCCAAGACAGGUUCAAUGCUAUACAAUUAAUGGUAUUACGAACUCAGUACCAACCGCUCGAGACAUUACAAAUAGAAAAUUGAAGAUCCAAGAUUGGCUCUUUAGGCACAAGAAAAAGAGGGGAAUGAAAAGAACAGCUUUAAAUCCAAAUGACAGCCCUGUCUUAGUUUAAAGCUACGUUCUCUUUUCUGCUUAUUAUGGAUCUUUGAUAAAAAAUACAAUUGCUGAGAAGUCUGUUUUGCUUGUUGUUUGCUACGAGCAUUGUGAAACUUUUCCUGAAUGUAACUCGCUAUGUAAUAGAGUAAGUUGUGAAACUUCCUAAAUGUAGUCUGGUAUGUAAUAGAAUAAGUGAUUGUACAUGAACUAACCGGCAUUUCUCGCUUCUGUAAACCUGCUUGCUUAACACAUUCCUCCCCUACCCCCUUGCCCCUUCCCCCUUUUCCUCCUGCC